AUGGCUCUCAAUGGUGAUCAUCUAGGCAGUUUUGUGAGCUCUCCUAGCCACUACCAUCAUCCCCAUCCCCAUCAUCAUCAUCACCUGCCCGCACACAAUACGCAUCAUCCUCAUCUUUAUCGCGGCUCUAAUUUGCUGCCCAGCAGCAAUUUUCAGACAAUUGGAGGCCAAAAUGCGUCCAGUCUGGGCGCCGAUCCCAGCAUGUUGCUGCGCCUUCAGCAGGACUCGCCCACCGAAAUGGUGGAUGAGAAGCCAAGUUUCGACUACAAGUACUACCCGAUGGUGGGCAUGGGCAUGCAGACCCAUGAAGCCCCCAAUAGCUCUACACCCACACCUGUGGCGACGCAGCAUUGGCACAGUAUGGGAACGCCGCCGGCAUCGUCGAGUCCCGUACCGGUCUAUGGUGUUUCAAUGACCACACAUUCAGCGGGAUCCGCAUCCCCGAAUUCGAAUUCAAAAACCCCAACGGAUCAUGAAAUGCAGUAUGUUAGCUCCACAUCCACAGCAGGCGGUGGCAAGCCAUUGCAGCUGUUGCCGUCGCAGCAACCAAACCAUCAGUAUACCUCGACCAUUAAGUACUGCUCCAAUAAUACGAUUGUGAGUGCCAACGUUUACCAGCAGUUGAUUAAUCACGAACCGGAACAGCAUUCUCCGGAACCGGUAUCUUACAUGCCCGUGACGAGUCACGCGAAUCACAAUCUGUCCCGCAUCUCGUCCUCCCCAACUCAGGUGAUUUCCAAUGCCCACGGCAUGUCCGUGCUCAACUAUUCUAGCUCGAGCGCAUCUCCUUCCAAAUCACAUAACGACUCACCUGUGGAGGCCAAUCAGUCAACGGCACCCCAAACCCAGUCACAGCAACAGCAACAACAGCAACAACAACAGCAGCAGCAGGCGAAGUCAAGCAGCACCAGUUCCCAGGAUAACGCGACGACUCCUGACACAACCAAGAAAUCGGGCACCCGUCGCCCCGAGAAACCAGCUCUCAGCUACAUAAAUAUGAUUGGACAUGCGAUCAAGGAGUCCCCCACUGGCAAACUGACACUCAGCGAGAUCUACACGUAUCUCCAAAAGAGUUACGAAUUUUUCCGCGGACCCUACGUUGGCUGGAAGAACUCGGUGCGCCAUAAUCUGAGUCUAAACGAGUGCUUUAAAAAGCUUCCCAAGGGCAUGGGCGUUGGCAAGCCAGGCAAAGGAAACUAUUGGACGAUCGACGAGAGUUCGGCGCACCUGUUCGAGGACGAAGGCAGCUUGAGACGUCGUCCUCGCGGCUAUCGCUCCAAAAUUAAAGUCAAAUCAUAUGUCCAAGGCAAUGGAUUCUAUAGUGGCAGCUAUGGCGAUGCCGGAAUGGACAAUGCAAAUUUCUAUGCAUCGCCAGCUUAUGCCUCCUAUGACUAUGGUGCCAGCGGCAUGCCAAAUGGAGUGCCGACAGCGCCUCAGGGCUAUGGAGAUGCGUGGAACGUGCAUGCGGCGCAUAGCGGAUCGGCGGCGGUGAGCGUGGGAGCUCUGCCCCAGUACACGAAUAUAACCUGCCUGACUGCGGCGGCUGCUGCUGGCAAUAAUCUGAAUGGAUCCCCCACCCCGCCAUUGGCCCAUGCUGCGCUCAUUGGUAGCGGGGGCGGCGGGGGUACGGCUGGCGGCCUGGGACAUGGCUCAUCCUCAUCGCCUGGUAUGACAGUGCCGGCGCUUCAAAGCAACAGUGUGGGACUGGAUUACGCCGCUGGCUACUCCCCAUAUGCAACAAGUGGCAGUGGGCUCGAUAACGGUCUCCGAUCCAUGUCGCUGCAACAGCUGCCCGGACUUUCCACCAUUCAGCAUGCCCAGGCCCAGGCCCAUGCCCAGCAAUCGCAUCAUCAUGCGUCCAUGACUCCGCCAUCAUCGCAGUCCGGGAAUCAUGUCAUCGAUCACUCGCCCAUUGAUCGCAAACCGGUUUACCUGCUCUCCAUAACUCCGCCCCCGACUUCCGUUGGCAGCGGCUACUAUUAGAAAAUGCAUCUGCAUACAUUAUCGCUACAAUCAGAUUUACUUUUCACCAUUACCUCAAAGGACAACAAAUUAUUGUACGUACUAUAAGUAGCU